AGUGACAACAUGGGCUGUGCGUGUUUAUGUUGCGUAUCGUGUAAUAAAAAUGAAACCCGCAAAAUUAUAAUUUGCGUAAUUACUGGUGGUAGGACCUCUUGUGAGUCCGCACGGGUAGGUACCACCGCCCUGCCUAUUUCUGCCGUACAGCAGUAAUGCGUCCUUAGAACUCUUAUCUCAAGGUGGGUGGCGGCAUUUACGUUGUAGAUGUCUAUGGGCUCUGGUAACCACUUAACACCAGGUGGACUGUGAGCUCGUCCACCCAUCUAAGCAAUAAAAAAAAAAUCAGUCAUCUGUUGUCAUUUGAAGGAUGGGAUACAAUUCAAUUUGUGUAUUAAUCUCAUGUUUCAAGCUCUUUAGGGAUUACAUUGCGGUGUAUAUGAGCUCUUAAUCCGCUAUCGAGAUAAUGUCACUUAUUUUGUGCAAUACAAAUAGAUAUAUAAAUCAUAAGAGUAUUUUUUUUCCUAUCUUAGGAAAAUUAAUAUUUGACUAACCACACCCGAAAACGUUAAGUAUCAGCAAAUUUGGUUUAUAUAUACAUAUAUAUAAUAUGUAUAAACACAUAUAUAAUAUAUAACUAGUCAGGUCAUAAGUAUUGUCACACAGUUAAAACUUUUCUUUUAGAAUGCUGGCCACAAAAAAGUUUAUUGAAUUCGAAUUUCGAAUUGUUCAUGAAAAUAAAAAUGUAUACUUUUAGAAUUUUACUCAUUUUUAAAUAUGGAGUGGACGCUUAAAGAAGACCGUGUUGCAGUUAUUGCGUUGCAUCGUUGCGGUUACGCGCCAAUUCAAAUUUUUAACAUACUCAAAAAUUUGAAUAUAACCAAAGAUUCGUUUAUCGUACCAUCAAACGAUACAAUGAAGACUCUAGUGUAGAUGACAGGUCAAGAAGUGGUCGCCCUCGGUUUGUUAGGACUCCAGCAGUGAUAAAAGCUGUGAAGGCGCGAAUUCAAAGAAAUCCCAAACGUAAGCAGAAACUGUUGGCCCUUCAGAUGGGGUUAAGCAGAACCACGGUGAAAAGGGUGUUAAAUGAAGACUUAGGGCUUCGGGCAUAUCGAAGAAAAACAGGACAUCGUUUGAAUGCUCGGCUAAUGGACCUGAGACUGAAGAGAUGCCGCGCUUUGUUGAAGCGGUACGCGGGAAAAAAAUAUCGGGAAAUUCUUUUUUCGGAUGAAAAAUUUUUUACCGUAGAAGAGAGCUACAACAAACAAAAUGAUAAGGUGUACGCACACAGUAGUGAAGAAGUGAGCAACCGUAUUCCGCUUGUCCAACGAGGUCAUUUUCCGUCCUCGCUCAUGGUAUGGUUGGGAGUUUCUUAUUUGGGCUUAACAGAGGUACAUUUUUGUGAGAAAGCUGUAAAAAAGAAUGCAGUUGUGUAUACAGUCUAAAAUACAGUCCUGACGAACCUUGUGGAACCUGUUUCUCAUACCAUGUUCAAUAACAGGCACUGGGUAUUCCAACAAGAUUCGGCGCCAGCUCAUAGAGCGAAGAGCACACAAGACUGGCUGGCGGCGCGUGAAAUCGACUUCAUCCGGCACGAAGACUGGCCCUCCUCCAGUCCAGAUUUGAAUCCGUUAGAUUACAAGGUAUGGCAACACUUGGAGGAAAAGGCGUGCUCAAAGCCUCAUCCCAAUUUGGAGUCACUCAAGACAUCCUUGAUUAAGGCAGCCGCCGAUAUUGACAUGGACCUCGUUCGUGCUGCGAUAGACGACUGGCCGCGCAGAUUGAAGGCCUGUAUUCAAAAUCACGGAGGUCAUUUUGAAUAAACUUUAGUGUCAUAAGAAUCUAUGUUUUGUUAAGUUCAUUUUGGUAUAUGAAUGAUUACAUAAAUGAAUAAACUUGUUUCAAUUAUUUUACAUUAAACAUGUGACAGAAUUUAUGACCUGACUAGGUAUAUAUGUUUCGGUUUGAAGGUUGGGGUAGCCGUUGUACUGUAAAAACGGAGACCUAAGAACUCAUAUCUUAAGGUGGGUGGCAUUAACGUUGUCGUCUAUGGGGUCCAGUAACCACUUAACAUCAGAUGGGCCGUGAGCUCGUCCACCCGUCUAAGCAACAACAAAAAAUUAACAGCAGGUAAUAUUGUUGAACAAAUCGUAGAAUGUUUAUAUUCAAUGUCAGCACACAAUUUAAUGAAAAAAUUCACAUGUUUUUUUUGGUUAAUCACAAUAAACCUGUCUUUUGGAGUAAAGUUAUAAAGAGUCUAAAAAUUAUUGCAAAAAAAAACAAGAUACUAUUAUGAUAUUACGGUUUGGAAUUGACCAUUUGUUUUUUUUUUAAUAAAUUCAAAUAGACAAUACCGAAUGGAAACAACCUCGAAUUUACAUUCACAAACGGCCACCACUAACUGGUUUUGGGGCCUACGUAGCAGAAGGCUGUCUAACAGCGGCCGGUGAUAACGAACAAAAAGUUUUUAAUGGAGUAAACAAAGGAUAUUAUAUGAUAAAAUAUUUUUUAUCUGUGAUUAGAUUUUUUUUUUAAUAGUGCUGUGGUUCGCCCCUUUUUUUGGAAUUUUUAUUGUUACUGUGCUCUGUACCCCAACAAAUGUUUUAGCUGCCUAAUCUGAAUUACAUUUAGCCCAUCAUGCCGGAAGAAACAAUAACUUUUAGUUCAAAUGAGAAAUGGCGUAUAAACCGGAACGUAUUCGUUCUUGGUUUCGCUUUCAUGAUCCACUUCACGGCCUUCCACGGGACCGCCAACCUCCAGAGCUCCGUGAACAGCGACGACGGAGCCGGCACCUUCACCCUGGCCGCCAUUUACUUCUCCCUGAUCCUCUCGAAUAUAUUAUUACCCGCUGUUGUCAUUAAGUGGCUUGGUUGCAAAUGGACAGUGUCAAUGUCCUUCAUCACGUAUAUGCCGUUCAUAGCAGCGCAGUUUUAUCCGAAGUUGUAUACACUGAUACCAGCCGGCAUGAUGGUCGGCUUUGGUGGCGGACCACUCUGGUGCGCUAAAUGCACUUAUCUUUCUGUGAUAUCCGAACCGUAUUCUAAAUUAUCAGGAAUUCCAGCUGAAGUUUUGGUGGUGAGGUUCUUCGGGCUGUUCUUCAUGUUCUACCAGAUGGCGCAAAUAUGGGGAAAUCUUAUAUCUUCUGCGAUUUUAUCGUCAUCUCUAGGAGAGGCGCCGUUUUUGAACGAAACUAUUCCGUCUACUGCGAUGACGCUGAUCACUAACGCCUCCGAAAUACCGCCUCUUGACUUUAGAGCCACAUGCGGAGCUAACUUCUGCAGCAGCAGUGCUUCACACGGUAACAGUAACCUCAAGCCACCUUCCACUGCGAAGAUUAACUUGAUAGCCGGCGUGUACCUCGCGUGCAUGGCCAUUGCUGUUCUUCUGGUUGCUGUAGGGGUCGACGCACUAACCAGGUACACAUCAGGUCGUACUCCCGCAAGUCGCGGUAAGUCCGGUCUCCAACUCCUGGCGGUAACGCUGCGUCAGCUCAGGCACAAGUACCAGCUUCUGUUGCUGCCCGUCAUAGGCUACAUCGGCGCCGAACAAGCUUUCAUGGCUGCGGACUUUACACAGGCUUACGUGGGCUGUGCCUACGGUAUUAGUAACAUUGGAUUCGUGAUGAUCUGCUUCGGAGCUUGGAAUGCAAUAGCCGCGCCCUUAGCCGGAGCACUCGUCAAGACGACAGGCCGGUAUCCGGUCAUGGUCACUGCUCUGGUUUUAAAUCUGUGUACCUUAACCGUACUGCUGCUCUGGAGACCGAACCCUGAUCAGUGGCUGGUGUUCUACGGCCUCGCUGCCGUGUGGGGAGCCGCUGAUGCUGUUUGGCUCGUGCAAGUUAACGCUCUAUCCGGCAUCCUAUUUCCCGGUCACGAGGAAGCUGCCUAUUCUAACUUCAGAUUGUGGGAAGCGACCGGCAGUGUUCUGGCUUACGGCAGCGCUCCGUACCUUUGUGUUAGAACCAGAUUGCAAAUAUUGCUCGGUCUAUUAAUAGUCGGCUUCACUGGCUACACGAUCAUUGAGCUAAUGGAGUAUAGAGUGAAGAGGGCGCACCACCCCGAGAGGAAUUUCGAACUGGUCGAUAAAAAAGAAGAUCUGGGACCAUUUUAAUAUUAAGUUACAAAUUUAGCAGUUCUCUUUAAUGCUAUGUUUUCAAUGUAUCAUAAUAGUAUAAUUAUGGCAAAUAAAAUAUUGAUUUUGAAA